AUGCGCCUUCCGACGCUGCUUCUCGCAGCCUCAUCUCUGGUAGGCGCGGUGUUCGUCGACGAAGUCGGCGACAUCGACUACCACCAUGAACUUAUCGGCGUGCCUCAGGUCGAGACGACCUUCUUCCACAAGCCCAGGAAGGACGACAAGGCUUCUCUCCUGUACUCCCUGAGCGACGUUGGCGUUGUUGGAGCCGUCAACCCGAGCAAUGGCGCCGUUGUAUGGCGUCAGUUCCUCACUGGAAACAUCACGAACGGCGGUGGACAUCUGCGAGCGGCCAAGGGCGAGGACUGGGUGGUCUCUGCGUAUGGCAACACCGUGCAGGCUUGGAACGCCAUGUCGGGCAGAAGCGUGUGGUGGACCGAUUUCACGGGCGACAUAAGGGAUUUGGAGGUCAUGGAGCUGACAGAGAACGGGCGCAAAGACGUGCUGGCGCUUUUUGAGGAGGAGGAUGGAUCUUCGACCCUGAGACGGCUCAAUGGAAAGGAUGGAAGCGUCGUAUUCGAGUUCCACGAUACGAGCAAGACCGUCCCCCUUCAAGUGUCGAACAACAUCGAAAAGAUCUUCGUGGUCAGCCUUUAUGGUUCUGCCAACUCCUACGGCAUUCGUGUAUCAGUCCAUGACACUGUUGAUGGCCGGCGCGUUGACGACAUCAGCCUUGGCUCGAAGGGCGACGUCCAGACCAAGGAGGAUCUCCUGCUCGUUGGUGCCAACUCAGCCUCUCCCAUCAUUGCCUGGACCGAUGCUGCGCACUCGAAGCUCAAAGUCAACGUCCUUGGUACCAAGACCAAGCAGGAGUUUCCUCUGCCUGCUGACACUCUCGAGGUGGCCAUCCAUGCCCCUCAUCACCUCCAGUCUGAGCCGCAUUUCCUGGUUCACAGCAGGACGAAGGCUGGCAACAAGGGCGAGGUUUACCAUGUCAACAUCAAGAACAACGCCAUCACCAGGGACCACGAACUUCCUCUAUUGCCAGGCCUUGGCGCGUUCUCCACCAGCUCCGAGGGCGCCAACGUCUGGUUCACGCGCAUUACCGAGGAGGAGGUUAUCCUGACAUCUUCCAGCUCUCAUGCCAUCUUGGGCCGUUGGCCAUACAAGGCCGGCACCGAAAGCGUCUCUGCUAUACACGCCGUUUCGGAAGUUAUCAAGAAGGCUGGCGACAACUUCGCCGUCCGAUGCGCCGCCGUCACCACUUCAGAUGAUUGGCUGCUUGUUCGUAACGGCGAACAGGCUUGGAGCCGCCCUGAAGGUCUGACUGGUGGUGUCGCAGCCGCCUUUGCUGAGAUUCCCGAGAGCGAGGAUCUGGCCAAGACCCUCGAGGCCGAGGCUCACAGCAGCAUUCUGUCCGCCUACAUUCACCGUGUCACCCGCCACAUCGACGACCUUGCCUACCUACCUGACUACCUCGCCUCAAUCCCUCAACGUCUUGUCAGCAGCAUCACCGGGGCCGAAGUCUCCAAGACUGAAGGCCUCUCUCGCGAUGCCUUCGGUUUCAACAAGUUGGUUGUUCUGGCCACCCGUCGCGGCAAGCUCUUCGGCCUUGACGUUGGCAAGCAUGGCAAGGUCAUCUGGAAGCUUGACGCUUUCAAGAUCCCCUGCGGGUCUUCCUGGGACGUAAAGGGCAUCUUUGUCGAGGAUGCCAAGUCCCACGUCACUGUUCGCGGCUUCCACGGUGAAUACGUCGUCGCCAAAACCGAUACCGGUAAGAUGGUUGAUGUCAUGCCCGAGGGUUCCUGGGCGCAAACCCAGGCUGCCGCUAUUGUGGACAGCCCAUCUGGCCCGUGGCUUGCCCCGGUUGGUAUCGGCGGUGCCAUCGGCGAUAUUCCUGCUGCUUGGGCUCCUAAGCAGACUGUUGUCGUCCGUGGAACAAACGGCGAGCUCAAAGGACUUGCUUACAUCAACGAGGACGGCACUGCCAAGGAGCAAGUCGCCUGGGAGUUUACACCACCGGCCGGGUAUGAGAUCGUCAACAUUGCUACCCGACCUGUCCAUGACCCUAUUGCGUCUAUUGGCAGGGUUCUCGGUGAUAGAAAGGUCAGAUACAAGUACUUGAACCCGAACACCAUCGUGGUCUCUACGGUCAACGCCGCCAAGUCGACUCUCAGCGUGUCUCUGCUCGACUCGGUUUCCGGAGAGGUCCUGCACUCUACUUCUUACGAGGGUGUUGACACCGACAAGAACGUCGAGUGUACCCUCUCUGAGAACUGGUUUGUGUGCACUUUCUUCGGCGAGUACGCCCUGAAGGACGACGCCGGACAGCCCCAAUCUGGCCAGUCCCUCAAGGGCUACCAGAUCGUCGUCUCGGACUUGUACGAAAGUGACUACGCCAACGACCGCGGCCCGCUUGGCGAUGCUGCUAACUUCUCCUCCACCGACCCCGUUGAGACCCCCACCGGUGCUCCUCUUCCCUCCGUCAUUAGCCAGGCUUGGAUUUUGUCAGCUCCCUUGGCUGCUCUGGCCGUCACCCAGACCAGGCAGGGCAUCACCAGCCGCCAUGUUCUCGGCUACCUACCACAGUCUCACGCCAUCGUGGGCUUGCCUCGCCAACUUCUGGAGCCGCGUCGCCCUGUCGGACGUGACCCUACCCCCGCCGAGAUGGAGGCCGAGGGCUUGGUCAGAUACCACCCGGCCUUGGAGAUCGACCCCAGACAGGUCAUCACCCACCAGCGCGAUGUCAUCGGCAUCCAGAAGAUCAUCACUUCUCCCACAAUUGUCGAGAGCACCAGUCUGAUCUUCUCCUUCGGUGUUGAUGUAUUCGGCACCCGCGCCACCCCCAGCUUUGCCUUUGACAUCCUCGGAAAGGGCUUCAACAAGAUUAGCCUGAUUUCGACCGUGCUUGCCCUCACCGUCGGUGUUGCUGUAUUGGGCCCCAUUGUCCGCAAGAAGCAGACAAACAUGAGAUGGGCAUAA